CCUUCCUGUGACCAAUCAUAUGGCUAAUGCUUGUGUUGUAAACACAGAUGUGAAUUCAGCCGGAGACGCAGUUCGCGAAUAAUAAUGGAUAAUGUUUAGAUAAAAAGUGCAAGGAUGUGUCCGAUUUUAAUGCUCUGGUUGUAAUUUUAAAGGCUUUCAGAAAGGCGGGCGCACCUCUGUCAUGGAGCUGAAUGGUUACCACUGUGACAGUGAGGUCAAAGAUGAGGACACAACAGAGACACAGCCGUUCCGCUCCAGGGCCGAAGUACCUUGUAGCUUCGUUGCUACAGCGGACCGGGAGCGCAGCCCUGCCGGCGGAGGCGCUCACCCAGAGCGGCGAGUGUCGAACUCGAGCUCGGGGAGACAGAGGAUCGACUCGCUGAAGAAAAACAGGCCGCCUUUCCCAUGGUUCGGCAUGGAUAUAGGUGGUACUUUGGUAAAACUGGUUUACUUUGAGCCCAAAGACAUCACAGCGGAAGAAGAGCAGGAGGAGGUGGAAAGUCUGAAAAGUAUCCGCCAUUACCUCACCUCACGCACAGCCUAUGGCAGAACUGGCAUCCGAGAUGUUCACCUGGAACUGCCGGACCUGACACUGUGGGGGCGCAGGGGCAGCCUACACUUCAUUCGCUUUCCCACACAAGAGCUUCCAGCUUUCCUGCAGAUGGGCCGAGACAAGCACUUCUCCAGCCUGCAUACCACUCUCUGUGCCACUGGUGGUGGCGCGUACAAGUUUGAGGAUGAUUUCCGCACAAUGGCAGACUUGCAGCUUCUGAAGCUGGACGAGUUGGACUGUCUGAUUAAGGGUGUCCUUUACAUUGACUCAGUGGUCUCAAGUGGGCCUCCUGAGUGUUACUACUAUGAGAACCCCACAGACACGGAGCACUGUGAACCGAAAGCCUACAAUCUGGAGAACCCUUACCCUCUGCUCCUGGUCAACAUCGGCUCCGGGGUCAGCAUACUGGCCGUCUACUCCAAAGACAACUACAAACGCGUCACUGGUACCAGUUUGGGUGGUGGUACUUUCCUUGGACUGUGUUGCUUGCUCACUGGCUGCUCCACCUUUGAAGAGGCGCUGGAAAUGGCUUCAAGGGGGGAAAGCACUCGUGUGGAUAAACUGGUCAAAGAUAUUUAUGGGGGUGACUAUGAGAGAUUUGGCUUGCCAGGAUGGGCUGUUGCCUCUAGUUUUGGGAGCAUGAUGUGCAAAGAAAAGCGAGAGUCUGUCUCAAAAGAGGAUUUGGCUAGAGCCACACUCGUCACCAUCACAAACAACAUAGGUUCAAUCACACGCAUGUGUGCACUAAAUGAGGGCAUUGAGAGAGUGGUCUUUGUUGGGAACUUCUUGCGGGUGAACACAUUAUCCAUGAAGUUGCUGGCGUAUGCUUUGGACUACUGGAGUAAAGGACAGCUCAAAGCUCUGUUCCUCAGACAUGAGGGCUACUUUGGUGCUGUUGGAGCGCUGUUGGAACUGUCAAAUUCGUCUUGAUCAUUGCUAUCACCUCAAGACUACUACCAAAAUUCUCAGUAACUCUGGGGGUUCACCACAGACGCCUUCACUGUCUGGCUAUUAUCCCAUGAGAAGAAGUAAUAAUACAUGUUUUAUUAUUAAUGGACAUUAAUGGUUAUGUAUAAUGUCAUCCCUUAGCUCUGGUGUGCAGGUAUUGACUCAGGUAAAACUUUUAUCUUUGGCCAAUUCUUUUGGCACUGUACAGCCAAGUGUGUCCCCAUUGUCCUCUAGGUCAUGAGCACUUGCUAAGAAGAUUUUGACGGUAGCCUUUUAGCCAAAGACAUUUUUUUCUGCCAGUUACACUAUUGCAUUAUUUUGUUAUAGUGUUAAAGGCAUAAGCCAUGAUAUAUAUAUAGUGAACAUGGUCAGUGUAAUGUUUUUUAAAGGUAUAAAGGCACUUCAGUUAAGUGUGCAUAAGAGAAAUGCAAUUCGCAUAUGUAGAGGCAGCCGAGACCAAGUCAGGCCAGUCAGUACUUUGCUUUUGUAUUAACGAUCAUAAAUGAGGCACAUGGUUUCCAUAGGUUCAGAAGUCAUUCGUUAUAAAACGUUUAUCUUUACAUCCUUCUCUCACAUUUUUUUUUUUUUACAAUAAUAUACGUACAUUUCAAGAAGUUGCUAAAUAUAUAGUUAGAGGGUUUUAGACAAAUUUAUUUUUGCUGUAAAUUUUUAAAUACGGCCUGCAGACAGAAUGACAAUUUUAAUUGUCUGACUUGUAUAUUCAUGUUAUUUUACAAAGGAAACAUCUUCAGUUUGGGGCUGUACACAGUAAAAAUGUUAUGGGGAAAACACGGUCCAUCAGCAUUUACUUCUUUUAUGUAUCCUGUAAAUGUAGGCAGAUGUACCUUGCCUCCUGGGGAGCAUAUUUUCAUGCAUUUCUUACAGUGUCUGUAUGAAAGAAUUUCAUAAUAGCUCUAUGGAAGUCUGGAUCUUCAACCAGCUAGGGACUAACCAAAGACAUGGAAUUUCCAGGGAUUGUGGUCCAACAGGUUAAGUUCAGCUUUUACCUUAUAGUGCUGACUGUAAUGUUCUUCCUAAAGCUGUUUGUUACUUUUAAUUAGUAUAUUAAGCAGCUGCAGCCUAGUGCGCUGUAUGACAUGAAUAGUGCCUUAAUAAAAGACAAUCAUGUAGUAAAGCUGCUUCAUAUGACAUUGAUCGCCAUCUUCAGAGAUCUUGGUAGGUGGCUUACAAGGAAUGUACUGAGACCCACCUUUGUACUUUUUGUUAACUUCUUUUAAUAAAAAUAUUUAAAUCAUG